UUUGGGUUUCUUUUUUCUGCUUCAACGUGGUCUGCUUUUUCGCAUCGGACUUUUGUCGUUCUGCUUCUUCCUUUCGGAGUUUUUUCGGUCCUAGUGUUGAUCAUGGAAAAUCCGCGUCGGUCUUACGAUCAGAAUAGGAUCCACGUAACAUCGGACAGACGGCAUUAAAUCUCUAAAAGCACAGCACAAAUAAGAGUCCCGAUUAAGUACUUCCACUUUUUUUAGUUGAAGCGAUCUUUAUUACUCUCGUUUUGAAAAACUACCGAAAUCGCGCUAUCGAAACAAAAACAAAAAAUGCGGAACACUUUCGUUGCUCUCGCGGUCGGUACCGCCACCACUACCGUGGUUUUGGCCGAUGUGGCGCAAAAGUUUGAAGAUUUUAAGAUGAAAUUCAAAAAGAACUACAAGUCCGCGGCGGAGGAGCUGCAGCGCUUCAAAAUUUUCGCGGCCAACAUGGAAACCGCGGAGAAAAUGUCCCUGCUGGGUAUGACCUGCUCAAACGUUACAAUCUCAAGCGUUACAAUAGAGUCUGGGUUUUGUAUUGCAUGAUGAGCAUGACAGACUCGGGCAGCGUUCCAGUUUCUGCAAUACAAAUUUCGCGAGAUUGUAGUGCGGAUUGGGAGUCCAGAACUUGUCAUGCGCUAUCCUAUGAGGGUUGGCUAGAUAAUGCUCUUCUUGCAAGACAAAUUCCAGACUCUAUUGUAACGCUUGAAAUUGUAACACCUGAGCAGGUUAUACUGGACCCGAAUGCGAAGUACGGGCAUUUGUCCCCCAUGGCGGAUUUGUCCGAGUGGGAGUUCGGAAAAUACAACACGUUGAAGGUACUGUGUCUUCCUAGCUCGAGCUUUUGCAGCAGAAAACAAAGGGCUGCUUGUAUCAAAUCUGGCAUUGUUCAAAAUGUUGUUUAUCAAGCGUAGUGCGUGUUUAUUGCUAGAGCAACUACAUGAUUCGCAUGAAAAAAACUUUUUCUCCAGUCUAAAUGUUUUCUCCAAAAACUACCUCCAGGUCACCAAGUCCGAUCUCCUCGCGCACGAGCAGAAGGUGAUUUCGGUUCCCGUCACCUCCGCAGCUUUGCCGACCGAGUUUGAUUGGCGCAAGAAGGGCGCGGUUGGACCGGUCAAGAACCAGGCCCAGUGCGGGUCCUGCUGGGCGUUCGCGACCAUUGCAAACGUGGAGGGGUCCAACAAGUUGGUAAACGGGGAAUUGCUGAGUCUGUCGGAACAAGAGCUGGUGGACUGCGACGACAACGACAAUGGUAAGGAAGUAAGUAAGUAAGAAGCACCUCUGUUUACUUUCGCUGAACAAGCGUGCUUUUUUCAUGUAAGACCACGCUGCACAAGAGUGAGAAAGCACGGAAAUAAUGCGGAAUUGCUGUGGGAGCAGCAACUUAUAUCGCGGACCCUGCAACCAAGAAAGAUUUAAUCGUCCCAUCGUGACUCUAUCAGGUUGCAACGGCGGUCUCCCGUCCAACGCCUACAAGGAUAUGAUUGACAACGAUCUCGGCCUGGAGCUCGAGUCCGCCUACGGGUACGAGGCCCACGACUCGAAGUGCCGCGCGAAAAAGGGCCUGGAGAAGGUUUACCUGAAGUCCUGGGUGGCCAUUGGGAGCAACGAGGACCAGAUGGCCGCCGCCCUGAUGAAGUACGGACCGCUGGCGAUUGGGAUCAACGCCGGGCCCAUGCAGCUCUACAUGGGCGGGAUCAGCGACCCCUGGAUGUGCAACCCGGCGGCGGUAUGAGAGAGAAAAAAGCAUAGCAUAAGCAGUUGUAUUUGUAAAAUGCAAAAAAUGAAUCUGGGAACUACACGAACAAACCUGUAAUAGGCGGGUCUUUCAGAAGCCGAGUGUUUCGGGUACUUAUUAUGCAAGUCAGAUUUGUCUGUCUACUCAGCUGUUUCUGCAUUUUUGCAAAUGUGACAAGCUAGCCGCUUUUUCUCCGGUAUAGGCUUUGGACCACGGAGUGGCCCUGGUUGCCUUCGGCGAGGAAGAUGGAAAGCUGUUUUGGACCAUCCGGAACUCCUGGGGUAUUUUUUUGAUGCAUGGUUAGGUAGGAGGAUCUGCAAUAAACGAAAGAUAUCUUCGAGCAGAACAAGCAUGGACUCAGCAUCUAGGUGUUUAUCUAUCAAGCGGAAGAAAGCUGUUAAUGCAACUUGCUUCUGAUGUGCCUUGCGCAGGAUCACCGCAGUGUACUAACAUGCAAAGAAAUAAAACAAACUGCACAUCACCAAACAGGCGCCGACUGGGGUGAGGAGGGUUACUACCGCAUCGUGCGCGGGAAGGGCAAAUGCGGGUUGAACCGCAUGGUCACCUCCGCGAUCGUGAAGAAAGCCAGUAACACCGCCACCGAACUGCUGGAGUAAGUAGAACCUCCAGACGGAAGUAGUGCGGCUUCUUUUUGCAAAUUCGUGAGCGAUAUGGCCUACGAAGAUUUUGUGGUGCGCAUCUAUAAUCCCGCACGAUGAUCAUCAGUGUCACCCCAGCGAUAGAUGAUAGAACCGCUCCUGCUGUAUUUACAUAAGAUAGAAACACGAGAAGCUCUACAUGAAAACGAAACUACACAACGAACUUCAGCGAUCGAUUACAAGAUGUUGAUGCUCUAUAUCACUGUUUUGCUUUAUAUCAACAAUGAACCGAGCAGCUAUCAUGUUGUCGCGAGAGCACAUGUCUGUAGCUAGUAUCAAUAUGUACAUUACUCAUCCUAGCGAUCGACUACAUGCUUUCACGGUGUCGUUUUCUUGCACGAGAGGCAGGAAAGCGUGCCGGUAUCGCUGUACAUAUAACACUGCACUGGACGGUAAUUGAACAAGUCAGGUUUUGCAAAGGACAAUAUUGUGUCGUCAAAAAUAUUGAAAAUGCUUGUCAAAGUGGUCCUGUGUUGCAGGACAACAAGGUUUAGAGGGCACGAGAAAGUGUCAUCUAUGUCGAAGCUGCUCGGGCGCUGUUGCAAUCACUACAGAGCAGACACUCCAC